AUGACUGGUUCGUUGAGUGAUAGCUUUGAUAAUGGCAGCAACCCUUAUUGCUUACACCAAUCCGAUAAUCCUGGCAUGGUUCUGGUUACGCAGAUUUUGACCAACGAUAAUUUCCAUAGUUGGAGGAGAUCAAUGAUGCUUGCUCUUUCUGCAAAGAACAAACUGGGUUUUGUUGAUGAGUCGAUUCAGGCUCUUGAUUCUUCUUCACCGGAGAGGUUUAGUGCAUGGACUAGGGCUAAUAGCUUUGUGAAUUCUUGGAUCUUGAACUCUGUCUCCAAAGAUAUUACUGUGAGUUUGCUUUAUCAUACUACUGCGGCAGAAAUUCGGAAAGAUCUUGUUGAACGUUUUCAGCAAUCUAAUGGCCGAAGGUUAUUCCAGUUGAAGAACAAGUUAAAUGAUUUGGUGCAAGGCUAA